AUGACCCAUUGUGUGCACCUGCUGCAGAACACUCGUCCUCACAGGGCACCCAUCAGAGUGGCUAAUGGACUGGUGGUCUAUUCAGAGCUUGUGGGGGAGAUAGUGCUUAGGCCACUGAUCCAUGGACAUGCCAGGAGCCGGUCUGUGAUCCUCUCCAAUGUGCUCUAUGUCCCUGCUCUGUCACACAAUCUGAUCUCCACUACAUACCUGUCAGUUCACCAUGACUACACUGUGCUCAUGAAGGAAAACUACAUCCUAUUCAAGCGCAAUGGUGAAGUGUACUUUGUGGCAGACAUCUCAGAGCAGGGUCAGGCAUUUGUGAGAGAGACUGUCAUGGAUAAAGAGCUAGUUACUGGUGUGAGGCUUGCCUCUGCUAGGAAGCCAGACCCCAUCUGUGAGCCAUGCCUCUUUGGCAAGCUGAAUGCUGGCCUGUUUCCCUCAACUGGUCAUUGUUCUGGAGCGCCUCUUGAUCUCAUUCACUCUGAUCUAAAGAGCUACUCUGUGCCCACCUGUGAGGGCUGGAAGCACAGGGUGACUUUUGUUGAUGAUCACACUGGCUUCAAGGUAGCAUACCACAUGAAGAACAAGAGUGAGACAUUUGCAGCCCUUAAGAUGUUUCAAGCGUAUGCUGAGACUCACUGGGGGCUGAAGAUCAAGGCAUUCCAGGACGAUAAAGGGGGAGAGUACAUGUCUAAUGAGUUCAGAUCACAUCUGGACAAGUGUGGCAUUGUGCACCGCCAUUCAGUCAGGGCACGGCCUCAGCAGAAUGUGUUGAAGCAGGAAAUGCAGAGAGGACUGGAGUCAACAGUAAGAAGCUCUGCAUUGCAAGAGAAAACAAGAAAAGAAUCUACAGACCUGGAGUCAACAGUAAGAAGCUGA